AUGGCCGACCGGCGCAGUAGCCAGCCGGCCAGCCAGCAGGCCCGGCAGGUGACAGCGGCGGAUAGCGAGCAGGGACCGGGGGACAUUCUCACGAGCAUGGCGGGGCCCGUCUCACGAUACUGGCUCAACCUCCUGGCCUACGUCUCUGCUGGCACCAUUCUGAUCUGUCUCAAAGUAUGCUUCCCAACGGCCUGGUGCUGA